AUGGCGGACACUACCCCGCAAACCUUCCGCCGCCUCAACUUCACUGAUAAAUACUUCGCGUGCCAUGUCCUCCUCACCAUAUCCCUUGCUAUCGCCGGGUUACUGUACCUGAUCUUUGCGGACGUCCAACUUAUCAACUUUAUCGUCGCCGGUGCUGUAUUCCUGGUCUUUGUGAUUAUGACGAUUGUGGUCCAGUUCUUGAAUUGUUUCAACACUUUUUUGUAUAAAAAGAUCAAGUCGCCGAAGAUGAAGCGCGGAAGGAUUUAUGUGAUGGUAUUUUCGGCAGUGUUGGUGGUGAUGGGUCUGGCGCCAAGGAUUAUGGUCUAUUUUUUGGAGUACAAUUCUCAUACCUACGUCUUCUUCACCAUGUGCAACCUGAUCAUCCCGAUCCUCAUGAUGUCCCAUCUCGCCAACUACGACUAUGUCGAUCGUAUCUAUCAUAAACGUUUCGAUGAAGUCUGGCUCGCCAUCAUCAUUCACUCCAUUCUCCUCGUCGCCUCAAUCCGUCUCGCCGUCUCAUAUUCUGAUGUCAAAGACUCCGUAUCUAUAACUGUCUGCCAGCUAAUGAUGGCCCCAAUCAGUUUUGUGCAUUCUAUUGAUUUCUAUGUCGCAAUGAGAGGAGAUAUCAGAAUGAAAGAUUAUCCGGCGAGUUUUGACGUGGCGAAUACGGUAAGAGUGGCACCGGUGGAGGCGAUUGAAGUGGCGGCGUUGGCGACGGUUGUACAACAACAAGUGGAGGAAGAGGAGAAGGAGGAGAGAAUCGAGUGCCGUAUCUGUGUCACCGAGUACAGCGACCUUAAAGUUCCCCGUAUCUUGAAGGAAUGUGGUCAUACUAUCUGUCAUGAUUGUGCGGAUGUCCUUCUCAACCGCUUCAAUCGUCAUUAUAUGAUGUGCCCGUUCUGUCAAAUGAUUACUGUAGUCAGAGGAAACGCCAACCUGCUUCCCAGAAACUUCUCAAUGAUCGAAAUCAUCGAUGAACGGAACAAAAAACGAGGCGUCCCGGAAGUUGUUGUGGUUGAAGAGAUCAAACCUCCAGAAUAA